GUGUGUGUGUGUGUGUGUGUGUGUGUGUGUGUAGGCGUGUGGAGCAGGUGGUCUGUUUCCCAGGCUUGCCCCCCCACAGACAGCUGACCUACCAGACCAAACAGACGAUCAGCAGAGAGAUGGACCAGGAGAGGAUGAGGAGAGCAGAGUCCCUGAUGCUGCUACGCAACCCGAAGCAGGAGGACGAGAAGGAAAAGCAGCCUAAGGCAGUGACAUCAUCCGUGACAUCGUCCGUCAGGAACCACCAACAGAGGCUGGAGAACAUCCUGAGAAACACUGUAGUCGAGAUCAGGCCGGAGGUGGAUUUCUUUGGCCGAGCCGUCGCCCCCAAGGAGAAACCACAGGUGGUCUCCGCUACAGGUGAAGUGUGUGUGGAGGUUGCCAUGGGGACAGCGGUUGGCAACAGUGACGUGUGGUUCCGCUUCAACGAGGCGUGUCCAACGCCGUGCGACGCAACAUCUACAUCAGAGAACUGCUAUAACACACACACACACACUGUACACACACACACACACAAACAUCUACAUCAGAGAACUGCUAUAACUCACACUCCUGCCAAGAGAACACACACCCCUGGGUUGGCCCUCACAGCUCUGGGUUCAGGGUGGGUCAUCCACACCCCUGCGCGAUCCACUUCACCAGCCUGCCAAGAGAACACACACCCCUGUUAG